AUGAGUGGAGAAAACAAAGUCGAAGGAAAACGUGAUGGCUUGGGCAGGACGCUUCUUCAUUUAGCCGCAGAAAAGAGUGAUGUUGGUAAACUUGAGGAAUUACUCUGUAGUGGUGAUUGUGAUGUUAAUGCCCAAGAUGCUCAAGGUCGAACACCCUUACAUUCCCUGUUUGAGGAAGAUAUCAUUAAAGACAUGGAUAAGCUCAAGAGGGCGAUGUCAGUUCUCUUAAAAUACGGUGCCAAUGUAAAUAUUAAGGACAAAUUCCAAGAUACACCACUUCAUGUUGUAUUUUAUAGCUACUACGAAUUUAUACCAGAGAUCCUCAGAUUUUUACUAACGAAAUCAAAAGUAAAAUUUGAUGUGAAGUCUCAGAACAUCGUUGGCUACACCAUCUUUUAUAAAUGCAUGUGUGGAUUUCCUGACAGUCUCAGAGAGAGGGACAUCUACCCAAAUAUAAUUCAGCAGAUGGAAUCAUUUAUCAACGACUUCAUGAAUGAAAAAAUAUGCCAACCUUGUCCAGUGAAAGAUCUUUUGAAUAUGAAAGAUAAAUUUGGCUUUUCAGCUUUUUAUAUGUACACAAUGAAUGUUGAUAACAAUAUUGAAACAAUCAAAAGAAUGAUUCAAUUAGGUGCAGAUGUCAACACAAGGUCAAAUAUAGGGGUCACACCCUUGAUGGAUGUUGUCUUGAAUAGAGUGACCCCAAUAGUCGAGGUUUUACUCCAGUCAGGUGCAGAUGUCAACAACAAAGAUAUAUUUGGUCAAACAGCUCUUUUCAGGGUGCUCACCAAAGAUUGCUUCGACUUGCUGGAGCAAUAUGGAGCAGAUUUUACGAUCCGAGACAAAUUUGGGCAAUCACCAAUAACAGACGUGUUUAUGUACACACCCGAGGAUACCCCACGGAGCGGUCUGGUAAUAUCAGACGUGGCAACAAACUACCAGCCUCUGUUCGAGUUAUUUUUAAAGAAUGGAGUCAGUGUACACGAAAUGGACAAUUUUAGUUCCUCACUUCUUCAUUAUGCAGCAUGGUACGGUGCCCCAAUAAUGGCGUCGGCUCUCAUUGAACACGGUUUACCACUGACUGUACUUGAUAAUCAAGGCAUCUCUCCAGCCAAAUUGGCUCGCAGAGUCGGAAAUUACGAACUCGUUAAUAUGCUGACUGGUACGACAAGAGAAGUUGAUAAAGACCCUGUUAAAAGACAUUAUGUGAACUUAUUGAUUUACCACGAGGAUGUUGCAAAUAUUGAUAAAGCUUUGCAUGAAGUUUUGAGUUUUCAAGAAAAUCCUCGUGAACUGCUUCAAAAUUUGAUCAAUUCACCCAGACUGGGUCUUGUUAAUCGAGAAUCCGAGGCACAAGAAGUUAAAGACGAAAUUUUAAAACUGAUGUACAAAAUUGCUGAAUCUAUAAGUAAAAACGAUCCUGCGUUUAGAUGUACAGUUUUUCCCACCGGAAGUUCAGAAGAUGGAAGUAAAAUUGGAGAAGCUGAUGAAUUUGACUUUACGUUUUGUCUGGAUUUCUUCUCAGGAGAAUGCAUACCUUAUCAAGAAGAUGAUACACUGAACAGUGGCUUUGCAACCUUGAAAGUUAAAUCAUUCCAUGAAUGGCACCCUCUUGCAAAGUAUACAACAGAUGGAUAUAUCAUUGAGUCGUACCUUGUGAGAGACAUGUUUCAAGAUCUUUUUACGAAAGCUGUCAAUACACCGGAAAUAUGGAACCAGAAUUGUUUUUACUUUGACGGUCUUUUAAAAUUCCCUGUAGAUAAACCAAUUCUUAAUAUGGAAGUACAUUGGUGUGGACGAAUAAUGAAGAAUAUUGUUAUCAGCAUUGAUGUGGUCCCUGCUGUACGAACUUGGGGCUGGAUGCCAAAAGAAUUGGAAAACAUUGACCGAGAGUUACCUUCACAACAAUUGUCUUCAGAAGAUGAAUGUUUUCUCUUGUUUCAACCGCCAGAGGAACGCGACAAACAAAGGAGAAGAUAUCUGAGAAUAUCAAGGUUCUGUAGCGAGUUGAAGUUUCUGAAAAAUCUUCCCGAGGCCUUCCUUGAAAGUUAUGCUGCUGCAAAGAUAUUGAUAUGCGAUCGAUUUUGUCCACGGUUAUUAUUUUCUGAGGAUUUAAAUAUAAAACAAAUAUUUUGUAAACAAACCUCAGAAAUGAAUAGUUCAGUCGAAGAUGAAGAAAUGAAUUCUGAAGAGGAUGAGCACAUAAUUGAUGCAGGAGUUUUACAAAAGCAAACUAUGGGAUCCGAGAGCGAUGAGCAUUCUAUAAAUUCAGAUUCAGAUGAUGCUGAAACGUCUUCAGAUAUUAUCGAAGGGACCAUUCUGUAUAAGCAUGGUGCAGUGCGUGAUCUUUCUUCUUGUAUUAUCGAAGUUGACCAGACUUUGCGAGCCAACAGGUUGUUUGUACCAAAGGAUAGUUUUAAACUAGACGUUUCAAAUCUUUCGUUCAGCUUACAAAACGGUGCACUUCAAGCUAAAAAGUGCAUAGUGGUGAGAUCAAUCCAAAAGGAUACCAGCAAAUGGAUUCAAUUCGGACCAUCGUCAAAUAUUCCUAAGAAGGAAACUUUAGACGCAGUUAUAAUGGAUAGCUUAUCUAGAGAAGAAAAUCAAAACCUUACAAUCGCCGAAUGGCUGACUCAGACUUUUCCGUCGGUCAGCCAUUCCUCUGAGAAUGACAUGGAAGAAAACAUCGAGAUUGAAGAAAACAGAGACAUAGACCAAAAGCUUAUGGAAGACGGCAGAGAGGGCAAUACAAAUCAAAACACUUCUCACAUUACAUCUGACGAGAGAAAUUCUUCGAACACGGUCCCAAGAUGUGACACGGACAUUUUAGACAAAUCGUGGGAGGGUGGCGAGAUUGUAGAUGGAUACGAUACAAUCUCCAGUUACAUGCUGAAAAAUUGUUUGUUUUAUGUUGCAGUUGAUCUAAAAGGCGAUAAAGAUGUCAGUCAAUUAGAUAUAACGAUCAAACUUUUUGAAAAACUAGGCAAAUGUGCAGAGGAAGAGAAACUUGAUUCUUUUUUCCUACCAUAUCUAGAUGUAUUCACCUUUGCAAACGAGCAUAUUAAAAUGAUACCCGACGACAAAAUCAUUGAAAGCACUAAAAUUCAAUGCAAUCGAAUAAAAUUAUUUUGUGACGUCAUUCUUGGAAUUUUGAGAUAGAAGACCUAUCCGCAAAAUGCUUUAUCUGUGAAUUACAUGUAAUGCUCUUAUAUUCAUGUUAUAGUUGAU